AUGCUUAUUGGAUUGUGUGGAGGUAUCUGCGCCGGAAAACACGCCGUGGCAAAAUACCUCAUUCAGCAUCAAAAUUUCCAGCUCCUGGAAUUAAAAGAAAGGCGUCUUUACCACCAUGUCGAUGACUCGGGCGAUGAUGCUCGACUGUGUGGCUCUGAAUUCACGGGGCAAGGAGUUGACCAAGCUUCACGGUUAGUCUUUGAGAGUGCUGAAUCACUUCUUGACUUUGCAACAAAAAGAUGGCAGGAAAACUGGGUUACUACAGACAUCUGGGAUAUUAGCACAUUGGAUCGCUUUCUACAGCGCCCAUUUUUCCUCCUUGUGAACAUUGAUGCUCCGGUCAGCCUGCGAUGGAAACGAUUUGCAGAAAGGUGUCGAGAGAGACAGCUUGAGCCCCCUCCUCUGGAGAAAUUUGUUCUUUGGAAUGAUCGUCACCUGUAUCAAAAGGAUACUGGCGGUGCCUUUGUAACUGAUCGCGCGCAAGUUCGGCUAUUCAAUUCAUCUUCCUCACUGAAUGAACUGCACGAGGCUCUCAAGGCGCUUAAUUUGGCUGACGAACAACGCCUACGACCAAACUGGGACCAAUAUUUUAUGGAACUAGCGUCACUCGCUGCGCAGCGAAGCAAUUGCAUGAAAAGAAGAGUAGGCUGUGUUUUGGUUAGAGAGCGCCGGGUCAUUAGCACGGGGUACAAUGGGACUCCCCGACACCUCAAGAACUGCAAUGAAGGCGGAUGCCCUAGAUGCAAUCGCGGCGAAGGAGGAGGCGUGGGGCUAUCUACCUGUCUCUGCCUCCAUGCUGAGGAGAACGCCUUGCUGGAGGCUGGAAGAGAGCGGAUACGCGAAGGUGCUAUUAUAUAUUGCAAUACAUGUCCUUGCUUAACGUGUACUGUCAAAAUCGCGCAGGUUGGGAUAUCCGAAGUUGUUUACUCCCAGGGAUACAAUAUGGACAAUGACAGCGCUGCAAUUUUGGAAGCAGCUGGAAUACGCCUCAGGCAGUUUUCUCCGCCUAGAAAUGGACUCAUUUACCUUGAAGGGUCAGAAAAAAUAUAGGCGAUGAAUAUAACCCUUCCAAUUCAACCUAAUUGCAUUCAGCAGUCGUUUAAAUGAGUACAUAGAAUAUGAUUGAGCGUGACCCUCUCUGCCUACGUAUUGGCGAUUCAGUGUGUAAUUGAUGGCUUAUGUAGUAGAGACAUCAACUUUAAGAUGAAUAGCAUU